AUGGCGGGCAAAAAAGACAUUCAGGAUUUAUCUGAUUGGGAGUUAUUGAAUGAACUUAAGUCUUCAGGUUUGAAAGUUGGGCCGAUUAGCCCAACCACCAGAAGGAUAUAUGAAAAAAAGCUAUCUAAAGUUCGUGGCUACGAUGUUGUUGACAAUACUCGGGAAGAUUUGAAUACACGUGCGGAUGUCCUUGCAGACGAAAGUACGAAGUUGACCAAUGCUGUCACUGAUAAUUGUACUGCGAGAGCUUUGGAAAGCCCUGCCGUUUUUUAUGGUGUCUGUUUUGACUUGGUUUGUUCGUCUUCUGAAAGUGGAUUACCAGCUCCGGCCGUGUUUAUAAGCAAAGAAGAAGCUCUAAAAACAGUGAAGAAAUUCAAAGGUGCUCGCUUCAAAGGUUUCAAGACCAGAGAUGAAGCAGAAUGUUUUUCUCGAUCGCGAUCAAAUGAACAAGAAACUUCUUUAGCUGUAAUGAAUUCUUUGUCAGCUUCUCCUGCAGAUCCUGUAAGCAAAUUUAAAGGACCAACACCACAGGAGUUGAUCAAAUUUCGUAAAAUUAUUGAAAAGGGCUCAAGGGACGAAUUUCUGGAGAUGGUAUUAAUUAAUCCUAGAUACUUGAUUGGUCCUGGUGAUACACCAGUGAUCUUACAAGAAGGGUUCCGCUAUAAUGCCCUUCACGUGGCUGUGAAAAAUAACAGAAAGGAAAUGUGUCAGGUGAUUAUUGAUACACUAGAAAGUCAGUCCUUUUGGAACAUUCUUUUAAACCAAGAGUCUGUGGUAAAUAACCAAAGGAAACAGUUUGUAGUCGACAGGUACCUCAAUAACCCAGACAAAGGG